AUGAUUCGGAAGUCUGGAAAAUAUAAUAAUUAUGAUAUUAGAAGUGGUAUCAGUCCCCAUCGGUCUGACUCGGUCUGGGGACCACAGUUCGUAAAAAGAUUAAGUGGACUAUUUAGAAAAAGUUGGUACGGCGGAAUAAAUGUAGUUCAAAGUUAUAAUUGGCCACAGAAUCAAUCUCCACCACCAAGUCCAUCAACGCCUAGACGGCCAAAACGACCAGUUCUAGUAUCAGAUGUAUUGAAAGAGAUAUUUGCGUUCAUUGCUCUACCGAAUGAACAACAACCAUUUGGUAAUCUAGAUAAGAAAACAUACAAGACACUGCAUUCUUGUCUACUAGUGAAUCGACAAUGGUGUCAAGCAGCAGUACAAGUUCUUUGGCGACAACCAUUUUUCACACGAAAUGAUAGAGCACAAAUCACAAUGAUGGAGUUAUUGUUGAAUGCUCUGAACCCGAAACUUCAACAAUACCUGAUAAACAAGGGAAUCAAAAUACAACCGUUGAAUUCUGCACCUGCGUUCGACUACUCGUAUUUCAUCAAACAUAUCGAUUUCGAAUCUUUCGUCGAUAUGGUGAGAAAAUGGUCGACUCGCACGUUUCAAGGUGGAUUUGCUAAAGACGCGAGUUUUCUAGUGGCAAAAGUUGUGCUCGGGCAUAUAUUCAGUUAUUCGCCGGGCAUUGAGCGAUUAAGGCUUUCUUGCUUUCAAGGACAUUCUGAAACCAAUUAUUUUCAUGAGAUUUUAUUGGAGCCCGAGAUUCAUGUUAAUUUGUUACAAUUGAAAUAUCUUGAAUUAUCUGGUCAAUUUUAUCGUGAGGAUAACGUGUUAGCUGGAUUGUCAAUAAGUUGUAAGAAUGUGGAAUAUUUACAACUUGGAAAUUGGUGUCUUGACUCUUGGUGUCGUAACCCGGAAGCACUAGGUGAAGACAUAAAUGCCUUAUUCAAAGGUCUAAAAAAUGUCGAGCACCUCGAAAUUGACAGCGACAAAUCGUUUUUCCCAAUUCCCAUCUGCGUAGUCGACGCAUUCAAACACAUUUCAAAUUCUCUAAGACAUCUAAGAUUCCGAUGCAUCGAUUUCUCCUCGAAAACAUGUAUGCCACUAGAAGGACUAGCCACCUGUCGAAAACUCGAGACGCUCGAAUUCAUUGACUGUGAGCAGGUCGGAAAACGGUUAUUGGAACCGUUGAACGCCGAAUCGUUGCCCAAUUUGCAACGAGUGCGGAUCGACGGGUGUUCGGAAAAAGAUAUUCGAUUUUGGGAUUGGGUUGAUUUGGUUAAUGGUCGGCGGAGGUCUAUUUGA